AAAAAAAGAGUGCAACAUUAAGGGUCAUCUUAAGUGACACGUGGAGAGUAUCGCACAAGUUAUAUCUAGUUGUUGUCCAUAACUAUGAUAUCUUAUCCAAAUAGACUUGGAUGAACACAAUUCCACAGCCACUCAGGACCAUUUAAAAAUCUCACAAAUAAGGAUGGCAUCUCCAAUGGCACUGCAGCUCUGCUCCACAAUCCCCUCCCCAAGCUUAUCCAGCCCUCAGAGGAGGUGCUCCAGACCAGGGCACACUACCCAAGAUCUCCAGAGGCAACUCAAUAGAAGAAGAUUAACAGCAGCAGCAGCUCUGACGACAGCUUUCCUAGUUAAGGAAGCCUUCUCAAAUUCCAACAAUGCUUCAUCUUUUGAAUUUAGAUUCACAGUUCCAGACCAGACACUUGAAGAGGCGGAUGCUGGGGUAAAGGUCCAUGCACGGGACCUCCUGCAGAUAAAAGAUUUUAUAGAUUCAAAGUCAUGGAAGGAAGCGCAGCUUGCGCUCAGGCAGAGAUCUCCAUAUCUGAAACAAGACCUUUACACCAUCAUUCAAGCGAAACCGGGAAGCCAGAGGCUGCAGCUAAGAAAGCUGUACUCCAAUCUCUUCAACAAUGUUUCUAGGCUGGAUUAUGCAGCAAGAGACCGGGAUGCGCGUGUAGUGCAAGAAUGUUAUAUGAACAUUGUCACCACUCUAGAUGAGAUUUUUUCGAUAAUCUAACAACUUCAAUGCUUUGAGUUUA